AGUGUAGUACACUCAACGACGGAACCGUGGUAAUUUCAGUCACGUGGCCGAACUAUGGAGGAAUAGGUUAGUUCCUCCAUGACGGAACUAAUGGCAUUGGAAUCAAACCCCAAACCAGUGUGGUUGACUCAAGGCAGCCGUCGUUGAAGGCAUGUCGUUUUCCAUCGACAAGGAGUGUGAAAUUUAUAAUUAUUCGCUGAGUAUUGGAUGCUGUAUUAGAUGCAGUUUGCGUUUGUCUGGAGUUCGAAGUCCGAGCCACUAUGAAAAUCCUGUUCAUAGCCCUGUCACGCUGGGCUAUACCAACAGUUCUGUGUCAGAAGUUAAAAAUAACUACCCAUGUAUUGCUUGUCUGGGAAUACUUGAUGAUGAAACAUUGACCGCGGCAAUAGAGAAAAUUGCUGCAGAGGUCAAUAACCAAGAGUAUGAUUGUGACGUCUUCACAUGUGCCUUGACAAUUCCUAUAGCUGUACAGCUCAGGGAACGCUCCUUACAAAUAAAUCUGUCACGCAAAUUUGAAUUUUCCAAAGAAGCUGCCGCUGGCUUCAAGCGCACUGUUCCUCAAAUCAAAGAAGUAUGGAAGUGGAUAGUCUUACCAGAAGUUGAAAAGCUGAUUGAUAAAACUGGAGUACCUAUCUCAGCUACUUGUCCAUUUGUAAUUGAUGUAUUCUUAGCAUAUUCACAGGAUGAGGACGAAUGCAAGGCUUUAUUGAAAAUGUGUGGAAAUACCUUUAAAAAACGGUUGCAACAAAAGAAAAAGUAUAGUGAUGGAGUUUUCAGUCGCAAAAGUGUAGAAACAGCAAUGAUUAACACAUUAGAAAAUCAGUUUGUGGAACACUACCCUUGUCCUCCAUCUCACCCUUCAUCGCAAACCUUUAUAAAUGAAGUGACAUGUGCACACUCAAGUUUUUUUGUCGGUGGCAGAUAUAACAAAUACUCAAGAGAGUUGAGUCAAACUCCAUGGUUUAUCUGUGGGCAAAAAAAGAUGGAAACUUCGGUCCAAGAACUACUCUGCGAUCCUAUUGUAAAAUUUGUCAAGGCUGAUUCGAUGAAAUUUUUAUCUUCUGGACGAGAGGAUGUGGAUGUUAGAACGUUACAUUCUGGUCGUCCAUUUGCCGUUGAACUUCUAAAUCCUAGAAUAACGAAAUUGUCAGAGGCAAUUUUGCAGGAUCUUACGCAAAAAAUAAAUACAUCUACAGAAUUGGUUCAUAUUGUUGGAAAUCUUCAAAGUAUUUCAAGGGACAAACUGAAGACAUUGAAAGAAGGCGAAGAUACAAAAACCAAGACCUAUAGAGCAUUGUGUUUGUGCCGUUCACAACCAUUGCCUACUCUGGAUGUUCUGAACGAAAUCCGUGAUCUUGAAGUAAUUCAGAAGACUCCAGUAAGAGUAUUACAUCGUCGCCCUCUUGCAACUCGAUUGCGAACAAUACACGCUAUGAAAGCAAGUUGGAUCAGUUCAAAGGAAACGAUCAACUUACAAUGUCGGGAUCAGGAUUCGAAUAAGAACCCACUUGUAGAAGUAGAAGAUGAAUUGCUAGAGAAAAGCAAUGACUUGGCAACCAACCUAUUCAUUUUGGAUUUAACAACACAAGCUGGAACAUAUGUGAAAGAGUUCGUGCAUGGAGAUUUUGGUCGGACAAAGCCAAGCAUCUGCGAAAUUUUGCAAAUUGAAGUCGACAUCGUAGCGCUUGAUGUGACGAGCAUCAACUUGAAUUGGCCUUGAAAAAUAAAUCUUUUGAUAUCAAA